CACAAUGAGAAAUAAGGCAAUUCAAGAUUUUCAAUUAAAAACUUGCUAAAUCUACUCUCUGUUAGGUUCAGUGAAAAUUCUCCCACAUCCCUUUCUAAAUUUAGAGAAAAUCAUCUCUUCUUCUUCACCAAUAUAAUACUCUUUUCACUGCAACAAAGAAGAAGAAAAAAAAAAAAGAACCGAUCUCUCUUAUUAUUAUUUUACCGUUUAGCAAAACAACAAAUGGGUCGGAGAAAGAUCAAGAUGGAGAUGGUUCAAGACAUGAACACAAGGCAAGUCACGUUUUCAAAACGAAGGACUGGUUUGUUCAAGAAGGCAAGCGAGUUAGCCACCCUGUGCAACGCCGAGAUAGGUGUUGUUGUCUUUUCGCCAGGAGGCAAGCCUUACUCCUACGGGAAACCGAAUCUUGACGCUGUCACCGAGCGUUUCAUGAGGGAAUGCGAUGAUGAUGAUUCAGACAGUGGUGAUGAAGAAGAAGAAGAAGAAGAAGAGGAAGAAGAAGAAGAAAGAGGAGGUAAGAGUAGACCUAAAACGAAGAAGAUGAACGAACGUCUUGAUUGUCUCAAGAGAGAGAUUGAAGCUGAGAAAAAACGAGGAGAGAAGGUUCAGGCAAAGCUUGAAUCCGCCGGGGAUGAGAGGUUUGAGAAGAAGCCUAUUGAAGAGCUUACCAUGGAUGAACUCAGGGAAUACAUGGAUAAGUUGCAGGCAGUCCAUGGUAGGAUCCAAUGUCAAGCCGAUGCAAUGCACGCUUCGUCUUGUCUUGUGUUUCUCUCCGGGGACAAGGCUUCUGUGGAGUGAAGAUUUAGAUAAACUAGAUCGAGUUUUACAUUUUUGAUAUUCUGUUUUUAUAUUAGCUUUACACAAGUUACUAAUACAUUGAAAGAUCUU